UGGUAUAUAUAUAUCGUCACAAAUAUAUAUAUAGGUCCAGCCUGCGGAGCCGUUGUGUGUGUCCUUGGCGCGACGAGCUUCUGGACAGGCAGGUGGUUUGGUGUGUGAGCUUUUGCAGCACACGCGGACUCGCCGUCCGCAUCGGGCAGAGCAGCUAUGGCUAUGGCUAUGGCUAUGGCUAUGGCUAUGGGUAUGGCGGCUUGUGGGCGAUACAAAGGAGUGCCGGCAGCAACUGGGAGGAGGUCGUUUCUGCUGCUGCUGCUGGCAAUUUGUUCUGCGCUCUCGGCAACGAUACCGCCGGCAGCAGGGUACGGCCUGGAGGAGUUUUUGGCGGCGCUCAAUAAUGAGUCCUUGGUCUAUCAUGAAGUGCAAGGGGACGUGGUCCUCAACGCCUCGUUACCUGCCAUCACGGGCAGGAACUUCACGCUGGUGGGCAGAGCGCCACGUGGCAAGCGUCCAGUGAUUGACGGAGCAUCGAAGCACGGUGGUGGAUCUUAUUCGCUGUCGCUGACGCUGAAGAACUUAGAGUUUCGAAACUUCAACGGAUCGGGCUCGAUUUUCGGGGCUUUGGGCCACGACAUCGUCAUCCUAGAUUGCGUCUUUAUCAACAACCGCGUGGUGGGUGUGUUGUCCGGGUCUGUCGUGUCUGUUCAGGGCGGCAGCCUGAAGAUCUCCGACUGUCUCUUCGUUAACAAUAGGGUGGAGGGAGGUGGUUAUGGGAGGGGCGGGGCUGUGAGCACCACGUUCUCGAGCGACACGGUGAUUGAGAGGACGGUCUUUCGGAGCAAUGAGGUGAUGGGAACGCGGGGCACGGGAGAAGGUGGGGCCAUCUCUGUAUCGGCGGCGACGUACCGCAUCAGCGAGUGUGUAUUCGAAGGUAACAAGGUCGAUGGCUAUGGCGGCGCAAUGGCUGCUACGUUCGCCUCGCGGGGGGAGAUCCUGCGCUCGAGCUUCUUGCGCAACUCCGCCUACUCGACGAGAUCAGGAUGGAAGCGGUAUGCAACAGGUGGGGCCAUCGACAUCUACGGUGAGGACGUCACGAUCAUCAGCGCAUGCACGUUCAGAGAAAACAAGGCGGAGGGCAGGCGAGGAGGGGCAGUGUCUCUGUCGAUGUACCAGGCGGAGGCCACCAUCUCCGGCUGCAAGUUCGAGAAGAACGCCGCUGGAAGAUACGGUGGGGCUGUGGGUGCGCGCCUCGUGCCCACCGGCUUGGUGGAGGGCCCACGUGGCAUUUAUCUGGAAGACCGCGGGCCUCCAAGGAGUAGAGCGAAGUUCUGCAGAGGGAACACGUACUCGGGAAAUUUGGCGGGAAAGUCUGGCGCGAACAACAUAUACGUGGACAUGCGCAACAGCUCGGCCAGCGGAGUGUCCUUCUGUCCGACCAGGCCUCCUCUUGCUCUCAUCGAAGCGGCGCCGGGCGUUGUCAUCAUCUCCUGUGCAUCCUGCUGAACAGCUAGUAGGGACAUCAAUGUCGCACUUGCAUGGAUUGGAUUCCCCUCCCCCCCC